AUUUCUGCUUGGCAGAGCAAUCAAAUGCAAGAAGGACUAAUCUGUCUCCAUUCUGAGUACUGGCAAGGCUCCUCCACCCCAGACAUGGUUCUGGGGUCCAUCUGAGGUCAGCCGUGUGAAGAUGAUCAGCGCUUUCUUAGCAUGACGACCUUGGACCAUGUGAUCGCUACCCAUCAGUCAGAGUGGGUCUCCUUCAAUGAAGAGACACUCUUUCCUGUCCUUUCUGAGGGGGGUGCUGAGGAACACCUCCCUGGGCUGUCAUCUUCCUCAGACCAGUCUGAGAGCUCUUCUGUGGGGAACCAGGCGGUGGAUGGAGGCUCUCGGGACCUUUCCCACUCCGAGCAAGAUGACUCCUCUGAAAAGCUGGGCCUCAUCUCUGAAUCUGCCUCUCCUCCUGGGAGCCCUGAGCAGCCCCCACCUGACCUGGCCUCGGCCAUCAGCAACUGGGUUCAAUUUGAAGACGACACACCCUGGGCCAGCUCCUCACCACCUCAUCAGGAAACAGCCCUCACAUUGACCAUGCCCUGCUGGACGUGCCCUUCCUUUGACUCCCUGAGGAGAUGCCCUCUGACCUCGGAGAGCAGCUGGACCACCCAUUCCGAGGACACCAGCAGUCCUAGCAUUGGCCCUUCAUACACGGACCUGCAGCUCAUCAGCGCAGAGGAGCGGACUAGUGGCAGAGCUUCGGGGGCUGACUCGACUGACAAUUCUUCCUCACUCCAGGAAGAUGAAGAGGUAGAGAUGGAAGCCAUCAGCUGGCACACCAGCAGUCCACCCACGAAUGGGCACCCCGCCCCUCCAGUGACCUCUGCUCGUUUCCCCAGCUGGGUCACUUUUGAUGACAAUGAAGUCAGCUGCCCUUUGCCACCAGUCACCUCCCCUCUGAAGCCAAAAAUGCCACCGGUGGCACCUGUAACUCCAGCUGUACCUUACAACUCCACUGGGUCCUUCAAGAGGGAUCGUCCCAAGAGCACUUUGAUGAGCUUCUCCAAAGUUCAGAAGCUGGACAUUUCCUCCUUAAACCAUCCAUCCUCUGUAACUGAGGCACCACCUUGGAGGGCCACCAAUCCCUUCCUGAAUGAGACGCUCCAGGAUGUACAGCCCUCCCCUAUCAACCCUUUCAGUGCUUUCUUCGAGGAACAGGAGAGGCGCGCCCAGAAGAGUUCCACUUCCAGUACCACAGGCAAAAGCCAAAGAGAUUCCCUCGUUGUCGUCUACCAGGAUGCCAUCAGUUUUGAUGAUUCAAGCAAAAGCCAGUCCCACUCUGAUGCUGUUGAAAAACUCAAACAGCUCCAGAUCGAUGAACCUGAUCACUUUAGCAGUGCAACACUACCUGAUGAUGACCCAAUAACCUGGAUCGAACUAGAUGCUCACCCAGCCAGCUCAGCACUCACUCAGCCCAGAGACGGCUGGCCAAUGAUGCUCAGGAUCCCGGAGAAGAAAAACAUCAUGUCCUCCAGGCACUGGGGACCAAUCUACAUCAAACUGACAGACAGUGGUUACCUGCAGUUGUAUUAUGAGCAGGGCCUAGAAAAACCGUUCCGUGAGUUCAAGCUGGAGAUCUACCAUGAGGUUUCAGAACCCCGGCUUCAAAACUAUGAUGAGAAUGGUAGGAUCCACAGCUUGCGGAUAGAUCGCGUCACCUACAAAGAGAAGAAAAAAUAUCAGCCUAAACCUGCUGUAGCCCACACGGCAGAGAGGGAACAAGUGAUUAAGCUGGGCACCACCAAUUAUGAUGACUUCCUGAGCUUCAUUCGCGCAGUUCAGGACCGACUCAUGGAUCUGCCAGUAUUAUCAAUGGACUUGAGCACAGUUGGCUUGAACUAUCUUGAAGAAGAGAUUACAGUGGAUGUCAGAGAUGAAUUCUCUGGCAUUAUACGCAAAGGAGACAACCAGAUUCUCCAGCACCAUGUUUUGACUCGGAUCCACAUUCUGAGUUUCCUUUCUGGGCUUGCAGAGUGCCGAUUGGGCCUCAAUGACAUCCUCAUCAAAGGAAAUGAAAUCGUUUCUCGGCAAGACAUCAUGCCCACCACUACCACGAAAUGGAUUAAACUCCAUGAGUGCCGUUUCCACGGGUGUGUGGAUGAAGAUGUGUUCAGCAGCUCUCGGGUUAUUCUCUUCAACCCUUUGGACGCUUGCCGGUUUGAACUGAUGCGGUUCAGGACAGUGUUUGCUGAGAAGACCUUGCCUUUCACACUCAGGACAGCAGCAAGCAUCAAUGGGGCGGAAGUGGAGGUGCAGAGCUGGCUGAGGAUGUCAACUGGCUUCUCCUCCAACCGCGACCCUCUCACUCAGGUUCCCUGUGAGAAUGUCAUGGUGCGUUACCCAGUGCCCAGUGAGUGGGUGAAAAACUUCCGCAGGGAAAGUGUCCUAGGGGAAAAGUCUUUGAAAGCCAAAGUGAACCGAGGGGCAAGUUUUGGCUCAACUAGUGUCUCUGGCUCUGAGCCUGUCAUGAGAGUAACUCUGGGAACUGCCAAGUACGAGCAUGCCUUCAACUCCAUUGUGUGGAGGGUAAACCGGCUGCCUGACAAGAACUCAGCUUCUGGCCACCCACACUGUUUCUUUUGCCACCUUGAACUUGGCUCUGACCGGGAAGUGCCUUCCAGCUUUGCCAAUCAUGUGAACGUCGAGUUCAACAUGCCCACGACGUCUGCCUCCAAAGCUGCUGUAAGAUCCAUCUCCGUGGAAGACAAGACUGAUGUGCGGAAGUGGGUCAAUUACUCCGCACAUUACAGCUACAAGGUGGAAAUAGAGCAAAAAAAGAGUUUGAAACCAGAGUUUGAAGGAGAUGAAACGGAGAAUCCCAAGGAGUGUGGGGUACAGUGACAAAACCCUACACACCGAGGGUGUCUUCCUGAACUGCCGGUUUAAGUCAGUACCUGCUGUGCCGUCCCAUGUUGGGAACAAUCUCUCCGAGACCUGCCUGUUUGCAGUUACCUGUCUUUCAGUAGGAAUUCCUGAGGUGGUUGCUUAGAAGAGGCUUUUUGACCAUGAUCGAGCCUGAAGCAUGUGGUUCAUCUGACUUUUGGAGCUUUUUGUAUUAUUAAGCCUUCUCGUCUCAUUUCUGCUUCUAUCACAGUAUGAGUGUGGUUUGUUAAGACUGUGAAAGAGUCCAGAAAUGCAACUCCAGUAUCACUGUGGGCGCGAUUUCUUUCCGAUAUUCAUCUGUCACCCAUGAGUUUCUGGAAAACACGGUUUUGAAAAGUUUA